GUUGGACUUUAACACCUGUGGCAGACUUUAAAUUUCGUCGCUGCUGCAGUUCACAAACAGAAUUUCACUUUGCGUCUGGGUGCGUUUUUAUAACAGCUUGCCAGUUCAUGAGAACUCUGUGACUGAAGCCAUGCUUUUCUUUUCAACCCCACCUCCUCUCUGCCUGAUCCUCCUCCUGUCAUACAACUCCCCUGUUCUCUCCUGUCAAACCGGGAACAACAACGAGUGCGAGUCUGCUCCCUUUGUACCAGGUUACAACCUGGUGGGGGAGGGAUUCGACUUGGUCACCCUGAGACGAACACGAGCCUAUGUGGCUGAUGUGAGGACCUACCUGACUCCAAACGGCAACUGUACUCUCUGUACCAACCCCCUUCAAGGCAACAGGCUGGAGAAAGUGCCAGUCUCUGUAGUGGACUGGCGUGCAUUCAGCCACUGCAACACUCCUGUUGACAGCAGUGUACACGACUAUGUUGGCUCACUGAUGAAGGCUAUGCUUGAUCACGAUGGCCUAAAUUUGGAUAUAGUUGUGGAUGGUCGCUGGUUUGAGGGAGGAACACGUUCCGAAACAUUUAAAUUUGCUGCAGCAAGGAUUCAUGAGGAUCGGUACACCUUCAGUAUACAUGGCAUCACCUGCAAAUAUUAUAGUUUCCGUGUAGCAAGCAGACCACCUUUAAGCCCAGAGUUCAAGAGGGAUGUGGACAAUCUGCCAAGUCACUACAAUUCCUCCACCAGUGAUCAGUAUGACAGACUGAUACAUACCUAUGGCACACACUACAUCCACAAGGUUUUCCUUGGGGGCCAACUAAGGACAAUCACGGCUGCACGAACCUGUUUGUCCAGACUGAACGGGCUCAACUCACAUGAGUUUCACGCCUGUUUAUCGAAGGGAUUUUCGGUUGGCUUGGGGAAGGAGAAAUCAUAUAGUGUUGAACAGUCUUGUAUGAAGGUCCUACGAAACCAGGAUGACACUACUGGGUAUGGUGCUGGUCUCCAUCAACACCACACUGAAGUGAUAGGAGGCAAUGGUUGGUCAGGGGAUUUUCCCCUCAAUGUUGAUAACUCCAUGGGCUUCAGAAACUGGCUGAACAGCUUGAAGGAUUCCCCAGAGACUCUUUCGUACUCCCUUCUGCCACUGGAUAACCUGAUGCCAACUGAGGCAAAAAAGGAAGGGAUGAAGACUGCCUUGAAUGAGUACUUAUCUGAUAACAUCAUGCUUUCCUUAGAAAAAAACCCAACUUGUCAGGACCUUGAUAACCUGGAUACAAACUGCUGUCCUAUAAAGCAUAAGAGGGGAGUACUGGUUGUGAACAAAAUUCAAGCCUGGGAUCUGUGGGGAGAUACUUGGAGUACAUCUGACAGCUAUGUUGUAUUAAAGAUUGAUUCCGUCAGAGGCAGGACUGAAAUGAUCGAGUCAAACGACCCUACUUGGACUGGUGACUAUUUGCUGGGCACGGUAAACACAGAGUCACUUUUGGAGGUCCAGAUUUGGGACGAUGACCCAUCCUAUGACGAUCUUUUGGUAUCAUGUGAGAAAGAACUGCAGACAGGGAUGAACGCAUUUAGGUGCUCAUCCAGCGAAGGUCGCUUUGAGCUCCAUUACACUCUGAAGUGCGACCCUCAUCUGACAGGAGAGAAGUGUGAGCGCUAUAAACCUUCACCAUAGUUACAAAUGCUGUAACUAAUAUCUGUAUCAGAUCUGUUGAACUUACAACGUAAAGGAUCACAUGAGUUUAUUUACAGAUGAGUUUAUGUACUUGUUCUCUUAACACUGGGAUAUGAUAUGAUUCAGGUUUACUUUAUUUAAUGUACAUUUUUUAUCACUUAGUUAUUCAUUGAUCAAAUAAAUCAUGAUUAUAGUCAUUCACUGACUAGCAUUAUAUAUAGUUGAAAUAAAAAAAGCACUUUCUAAAUUUCAACAUGUUAAUUUUAAAUAUAGGUCUGUGAACACACAUAUCUAAUCAGAUAUUGUGUACUCUCAUCGACUAGCUGUUCAAAAACUGUAAAAUCCUUGUUGCAUAAUUUUUUGCUUAAUCUUCUCAUGUAAAUAAAGUUAUAUUAUGUUGGACUGACUGAAGUGCAAUUGAAGUUUCCUAAACAGAUGUAGUGACUGUGGAUGUAACUCCAUUAAAGACAGAAUACAUGCUCA